CACUGCUCUGAUGACGAUAGCACGACAAGGCCUCUUCUACUGGUCACUGCUUCUGUAGACAAGAUUGUCCUGAAGAAGCCAAUUAGUGUUGACAUUGAUCUCAAAAUAGUUGGUUCUGUCAUAUUUGGCCGAUCCUCAAUUGAGGUCCAGCUUGUGGUAUCUCAGUCCAAAGAAGUUGCAGAGGGCUCUAAUGAUUCAGACUCUGUAGCACUCACAGCCAACUUCAUAUUUGUUGCACGGGACUCAAAAACUGGAAAGGCAGCUCCAGUUAAUCGACUUUCGCCUGAAACUGAACCUGAGAAGUUACUUUUUGAACAACGUGAGGCAAGACAUAAUUUUAAGAAAAGGAAAAGAGGAGGGGAGUGGAAGGAUUUGGAGAAUGGAAAUCUAAAUAGACUCAAAUCUCUGUUGGCAGAGGGAAGAGUUUUCUGUGACAUGCCUGCCUUGGCUGAUCGUGACAGCACUCUGAGGGAUACCCGCCUUGAGAACUCUCUAAUCUGCCAGCCUCAGCAGCGGAACAUCCAUGGCCGAAUCUUUGGAGGAUUUUUAAUGCAUAGAGCAUUUGAAUUGGCUUUCUCAACAGCAUAUGCUUUUGCUGGAUUGGUUCCAUGCUUUCUUGAAGUUGAUCAUGUUGAUUUCUUAAAGCCUGUUGACGUCGGGGAUUUCUUGCGUUUCAAGUCCUGUGUUCUUUAUACCGAACUUCACGAUCCAGAUCAGCCACAUAAUGUUGAAGUUGUUGCUCAUGUUACUAGACCUGAGCUGCAAUCUAGUGAGGUAUCAAAUACUUUCCAUUUCACUUUCACAGUACGUCCUGAGGCAAAGGCAAUGAAAAAUGGCUUGAAACUUCUAAAGGUAGUACCAGCUACAGAAGAAGAAGCUCGUUUAAUAUUAGAGCGCAUGGAUGCUGAUAGUGAUAGUUUGCAAUGAUCUUGAGAAGGAUCAUUUGUACGCUGGUGAAUUAAACAAGAAUUGGCAGGAAGAGAAAAUGGGGUAAAGCUAUAAUUAGGUUUUAACUUAAGGAGAAAAAGUGUAAUUCCCCUGCUUAUUUUACCACGGUCCAUUGAUAAUGCUAGUAUUUUGCAGCGCAA